UGGAGACUCCCCAAAAGAAGCAGAUCAAGCAAACUGCCCGUGAACGCAGCGACGGGCUCCUCCAUAUUCUCCAUCCCAAGCUGCCUUCUCAUGGAGAUUCUGAGCAAACUACCCAUGUCCACAAUCUGCAAUUGCAGGUGCGUGUGUUCAUAUUUCCGCUACUUAAUUUCAUACCCUCAAUUUGCUCAACUCCACCUCUCUACAUCACAACCCUCCCUCAUGUUUUGGGACCGUCGUUGGGAUUGUAUUGUGCACUUAAUAGAAUUGAUUCAUCCCUGUCUUGUCCCUAUCGGCGCAAACAACCGCUACGCGCCUAGGAUUUUGAGAUUCAAGCCUAAAUGUGAUGUACCCACUGCAGAAUUGGAGGUAUUGAGUUCUUGCAAUGGUUUAAUUUGCUUCUACUGGCCUAGGACUUAUAACCCAUAUGUUAUAUGCAAUCCGGUUAUCAAUGCGCAUGUGAUUGUACCCCAAAUGGAAAAGGUUUUUUUUGACCAAUGCGGUUCUGGGUAUGGAUUUUGCUCAAGGACUAAUCAUUAAUCAAUACAAAGUGUUGCGUUUGUUAUCUCCGAGUAUAGGGUUUGGGGUGCCGGGAUUAAUCAAGUUGGAGGCUGAAAUCAACACUGUGGGGACUAAUUUGUGGAGGAGAGUUGGAGAUGCUCUGAGCUAUCUGCAUUGGUGUUCUGGUGGUUGCUUUUUAAAUGGGUCUCUUCAUUGGAUUGUCCACGACACUGAAAAUUGUUUCGAAUCGAUGUGUUGUUUUGACUUUGGGAAGGAGAGAUUCCAGCCAUUUCCGGGGCCAUCUCAAUUUUGUGGACUUCCUGGACAACUUCAGAUGGAAAUGAUGAAAAUGGGAGUGUUGAAGAAUGGUCUGUCAGUAUUUCAUCAUCCUAAUUGUUAUAUGCUUGAUAUAUGGGUGAUGAAGGAUUAUGCAGUGCGGGAGUCUUGGACUAAAGAUUUUGUCAUUAAACUCCCAUGGGUAGCAACUUACUUUGGCUAUAUUUAUCAACCGUUAAUGGUUUUGAACAACGGGGUUAUCUUGAUGGUAUAUGCUUUAUCUGUCCUGCUUUCUUGUAAUACGAUGGACAAAAACAGUUUCAGAAAGUUCAUGGUCAAUGGGAUUUCAUCCUUCACUAGAGCAAUGACGUACAUUCCAAGCUUUGUUUCAAUAAUGAAUGCUGCCAGAGGGAGAUACUCUUACGCAUUUUACUACUAUGGUAGAAUUGAAGAUGGGCAUUUGAUUUACAAGCUUUGUGAUGUUCCUUGGUCGUUUUACGCUGAGUUGUGGAACUUGAAUGAGUGGUCAAUAUCUACAAAAAGGAGUUGGACAGUCACAGGAAAAGAAGCCAUGUUUUGUAUAUGUUGGUUGAGAAGAUGGCAAAGGUUGGGCAUAUUUCAUACUCAUUUGGGUUGGAAGCCAAUGAUUCAUUCUUACGAGUUGAGGAAAGUAACUAUCAGUUGUUUGAGUCAUCUCUAAAUCGACUCAAGCAAGAGAAUUUUUACAAAUUAUGUUUGGACAGAUUAUGCCUCAAGCAUAUUGUCAUCGUGUUUUACUUGUAUUUGGCUUUCGUUAUUUAAAUCACCUUAUCUGCCUUUAGAUGGUUUGAUGAGUAUUUCAUGCAUUCCUUGUUUCCUUCAUGCAUUCGUUGUUUCCUUAAUUUGGUAUCCAUGACGUUUCCUCAACAAACUGAAUACAAUGUUGAAUGAUUCAUCGUGUUAAUAUAUUCUUAUUGUUUCUUUCUUCAAUUGUUCAGACCGUCCAUUCUUCAACAAAUUACGGGUUGCAUCAGAAUUGAUAUUGAAAUAAUAGGUUGAGGACGAGGGACUCAUUCCAUCUUCACUUCUUAUGGAUCAGCCCCGUUUUUUGGGAAAAUUCCAAGCUGGUCCUAUUUUCAGAGUUUUGUCCCUUGCAAAUCCUUUAUUAUAUUUCCCUUCACCAUAUGCCCCGACUCGCUUGGAUAACAUAUUAAGCAUGUGUUUGAUGUUGACUUGUGUUGACAGGGACAUAUUGUAUCUUUUUACAUUUUGCUGAUGUGAACAUCUCUUUAUUUGUUAA